GCUAUAGCAUUCAGACAGGGCGUCUGGUGUGGACUGUGGACGUGAGGAGCCCGGAGCUCAGAUCUUUCACUUGCGCUGGUAGAGAUGUGGAAGUCUGUAGUGGGUCAUGAUGUAUCUGUUUCCGUGGAGACCCAGGGUGAUGACUGGGACACAGACCCUGACUUUGUGAAUGACAUCUCUGAGAAGGAGCAACGAUGGGGAGCCAAGACCAUUGAGGGCUCUGGACGCAAAGAGCACAUCAACAUUCACCAGCUGAGGAGCAAAGUGUCAGAGGAGCAUGAUGUUCUCAAGAAGAAAGAGAUGGAAUCAGGGCCCAAAGCGUCCCAUGGCUAUGGCGGUCGGUUUGGAGUGGAAAGAGACCGAAUGGACAAGAGUGCCGUGGGCCAUGAGUACGUUGCUGAGGUGGAGAAGCACUCUUCGCAGACUGAUGCUGCCAAAGGCUUUGGAGGCAAAUUCGGAGUUGAGAGGGACAGGGCAGACAAGUCAGCCGUGGGCUUCAAUUACAAAGGAGAAGUGGAGAAACACACAUCUCAGAAAGACUACUCUCGAGGCUUUGGUGGCCGUUAUGGGGUGGAGACGGAUAAACGGGACAAAGCAGCUCUGGGAUAUGACUACAAGGGAGAGACGGAGAAACACGAGUCCCAGAGAGAUUACGCCAAGGGCUUUGGUGGUCAGUAUGGAAUCCAGAAGGACCGAGUGGAUAAGAGUGCUGUUGGCUUCAAUGAGAUGGAGGCCCCAACCACAGCUUAUAAGAAGACGACACCCAUAGAAGCCGCUUCCAGUGGUGCCCGUGGGCUGAAGGCAAAAUUUGAGUCCAUGGCUGAGGAGAAGAGGAAGAAGGAGGAAGAGGAGAAGGCACAGCAGGUGGCCAGGCAGCAACAGGAKCGCAAGGCUGUGGUGAAGAUGAGACAAGAGGCUCAGCAGCCAGUGGUUCCYGCAGAAGAGCCAGCAGCGCCAGCCCCAUUGCCCAAGAAAAUCUCCUCAGAGGCCUGGCCUCCAGCACAGAGUCAUCCAGCACCAGAGCCCGAGCCUGUGAGAACUAGCAGAGAACACCCAGUGCCUUCCCUGCCCAUGAGGCAGAGUCCCCCGGAGGACCAUGAGGAGCCCCCAGCUCUGCCUCCUAGAACUCCRGAAGGCUUCCAGGUGGUGGAAGAGCCAAUAUAUGAAGCAGAGCCUAAGCCUGAGCCUGAGCCUGAGAAUGACUAUGAGGAUGUUGGGGAGAUGGACAAGCAGGAGCAGGAUAAUGAUACAGAGGGGGACUAUGAGGAUGUGCUGGAGCCUGAGGAUCCCUGUGUUCCCUCCACCCUGGCUGGACCAUCAGGCAGCCCAGCUGGGGCUGGGGCUAAGGGGAUCUCAGCUGUUGCCCAGUAUGACUACCAAGGAGAGGGAAGUGAUGAGCUUUCCUUUGAUCCGGAUGACAUCAUUACUGACAUUGAGAUGGUGGAUGAGGGCUGGUGGCGGGGACGUUGCCACGGCCACUUUGGACUCUUCCCUGCAAAUUAUGUCAAGCUCCUCCAGUGACUGACCUCACUAUCUACUACAGCUGUGACUCCCCAUGUCCAAAGUGGCUCUGCCUCCAUCCCAUCCCCAUUCCUGCUGCAAGUGCCUAACAGGAAGUCUUGGGUUACCUGAGAUUCUGGACAGACUUCCCUCUCCUGUUUCAUUAGGGCUUCAGGCCAAAACAGCAUGAGGAAGGAGGUCUCCUUCCCGAUGGUGUCCUCUAUGUCCUGGAAUAGCUCUUGGAUGUUUACAUUGUGGUCCUGCCUUCUUCCCCAGUAAUGCCCCCUAUAAUGACACCCCCAACUCUGCUCUAUUCCCUUGUAAGCACUGGGCUUCCUGGUUUGCUUACCUGAGAAGGUGGGUCUAUUCUACCUGGUUGUGUUUUUGCCCACUUUUCUUUCCUUGGGAGAUAUUUCUGAGAUUUUUUUCUGUUCACUCCUAAAGUUGGAAAUAAAGUGGGACUUCUGUGCACCUCUGUGCUGAGGAAAAUAAAACUUCUUGUGCAGUCCUGGCUCUCAUGGCUCUAAUUUCCCACCCCCUUCCAGGCAUAUCCAGAAGACCCACUCUUAACACUACCUAUUCCUAGCACCCUAGAUUCAAGGGCGAGACAUUUUUCCUAUUCCCUUACACCCGGUCCAAAACAGGUGAUCUUGAGAAUGGUGGUAAGGUGGGAUGACAGGGGGCCAGGUGGUACCCACGUUAAGGUGGUAUCAAAUCUACCAGCUUUAGCAGUUGUGCCAGGCCAGCCACCUUUUCUUUCCACAUGGUGAUUGUAGAGGAAGAAGCCCAAUCUAGAGGAUAGAAAGCAGGAGAAAGGAAAGGAAAACAAAUUGUAGUGAGGCUGAAGAGGAUUUAGAUCCAGAGACAGUGGCCUCCUUGUAGCAGGCUGGAUGGAGGAAGUACAUGAAACUUCUGAAUGGCCCAGAGCCGAGGCAGAUAGGAAAGAGGGUAAGGACAUGUGGAUGGCCAUUGUGGACAAAAAGUGAAUUGCCAAGCAAACCAUGGGAUGAGGGAAAUUGACAGGUCAGGGCAAGAUGGGUUUUUCUCAGCCCCAGACUACUGGGAUCAGCCUCAGCAAAGGUCAGAGACAGAAGAUUUGAGGGCACAAAGUGGGGGAUUUGGUGUAGAUGAUCUUUGGUUGAUAGGACAUAGAAUCUAUGCUGUUACCAGCAUCCAAGUUGAGUCCAGCUUUCACGGAGGGAGAAGGCAUUGGAGUGGAGGAGGAGGAACUAGGAUUAGUGGCUGAGAUCCACAGUUGCUCCAGGACUUCAUCAGAAUUGGUGAGCUGCGGGGRCACCUAGAGAGCUGCACUCUUCAAGCUUGUUCUUGACUUUUCUUCAAGACACACAAUCCUUAGUUUUGUUAAUGACUUCUCCGCCAGCAAAUCACAAAACUCUCUAGAUAUAACUCACAAGAUUCACACACCUUAACCUUUCAAAGGUGAGUGCAAAGCAGCCUUUAUUUCCUCCUAUAGAGACACUGGGAUUUCCAGUAUAUAGCAAUAGAUCAUCACAUCUACACAAUAUCAUUCUUCAUUUCAGUUUGAUUUGAUUUCACACAGAAGGCAGACUUUUACAGCAGUUUUCCCGAUCCAUCUCCAAGUUCCACUUUGCUUUUUUACUCUUCCCUUCAGAAGAGGAGAAAGUUCUUUUCCAGAUCGCUUUGCUGCUAAGGCAAUAGAGUCCUUUCUGGCCAAGUUCUACAGACCCUGCCCUCCACAUUCAAAGCUAGUCUCUACUCUGGUCUGCCUUUCUGGGCUGUGAUGCUCAUCAAGAGCUCUGUUGAGGCUCUAUUCCUGUGACACAGCCCUCUCUGCCCACCUCAAGUGCUUCUUACUCUGAAGCCAUGUCUAGCUGUCUUGCCUCUUCCUUAGGCGCUCCCUGCUCCUGCUGCUCACUACAGCCUCACCUCACUAAUCAAUCAUCUGUCUCCCCACAGCCUCUCUGAUAAGGUCCCCUCCUGCUCCUCUGCUCUCUCCUCUAGGAACCAGGAGAUACCAGCAGUACCCUGGUUUCCUGCAAUAUGAACAAUUAUCUUAUAAAUGURUUUGAUGAUGUUGACCAAAUCAGUAUUGUUCUGAAGGGAGCAAAUGGGAGAGGAAAGUGCCUCAAGGAGCGCCCCGCCCCCCACGAGGGGGCGUGUCCUGAACCCGUGCCCCGCCCACCCUCGCUGUGGAGGGAAAGCCUUCUGCCCUCUUCAUGCCUCUGUGGUUGCUCCUCAACCACAGCCCCGACUCAUCGUCCUCUGUCCGUAGUUCCUCUUUCUCUCUUUUUCCAAUUAGAAAUCCUGGCUUUGGGAGCAUUAUUCCUCCACAUAAGAAGGACCAGAUUCCAAACACWUGUAACUGACACCCAGAGAACUCUCUUCCUUUCUUCUUUCCCACACCUGACAUCCAGAGUUUGCUUCUAGUUACUCAUCUUCACUGAGUAAAGCCUUAGAUCACACUCUAGUUAUAUUUUUAGAAAACAAUGACAUAUAUAAAUGUAAAAUAUAAAUCAAACAAUAAGCUUUAGAAAAAGUAAGAUUACGUUACCAAAUAGUACCAAGUGGCACAUAAUAAUGAAAGAUGAGCAUAUUUCUGGUUUGGGGCUUGCUCUACCACCAUCUUGACUCUUCCUUUUCAGAGGUAUGAUCUACACCAUUUCUGAACUGGGGCGACCCAGUCAAAACAAGCACCCAGAUGAAUGAGCCAAUUUCUUUGGUUGGGUGAAUUCUUUCUCUACUUCCCUUUUGUUCUGUCCUCCCUUUUUCCUAUUUCUCACUUGCUUGAGAACAGCUAGAACUGCUUGGAAAAUGGCACUGAUUAAGGUAAGAAGGACAUAAACAUAAGACAAAUAACUUUCCUGGAUAUAACUGAGGAGAGCAGAAAAUACAUAUUCUUCCAUGUGGCCUGGGGACAUGAAGCCAUAUCAAACAAUUGGAUCCAUCUGGUUUCCGACUUAAUAUCACCUGACAUCUAAAACCUAUUUAGUAGAUACAUAAGGGCAGCAUUAAACCACAGCCAUUGUGGAUGGCUAUGUGCAACAAGAUUC